GUCUGAAAGAAACCGUUUCAAUAAUUUGCAGUUACUGUGAAACUUUGCAAAAUAGUCGUCCGCCACAGUCCGUUUCAUACAAAUAUUUUUAUACACAAAGACAUGAUGGAAUUUGGCUAAAAGCAAAUAGCGACGUAAAAAAUUUAAUUAUUUUCAUAAAAUUUGCACUCAAUUAUUUGAAAUUGAUUUGCAAAGAAGCAACGUGACAAGCAAAAAAAUUAAAAAUUAAACAAAUUUUUCCAACAAAAUACAAAAUAUUACAACAUUAAACUGCAAAAAGUAAGAACAGACAAAUUGUGCCAAUCAAGGUACGAAUUUGCAUACCAUUGCUGUGGCCAUGGAACCGCCAGACAAAGAUAGGCAAUUGGUUAAAUAUACACCGCAUACUACACAACAGCAGCAGCAGCAGCAACAACAACAGCAGCAGCAGCAACAGCAAUUGGUGCCAUUGCAGCCAGUACGACCAGUAUUAACAUUGAAUUUACCACAACAACAACUGCAGCCAACACAUUCGAAUAUUGCCACUUCACCGGCAGGUGGUGGUACAGCUGCUACAACACCUUAUAGCAAUGUCGGUGCAGUUGGUGCACCAGCCUUAGCAACCACGGCUACUGCAAUUUCAGCCACGGCGCAGGCUGCCACUGCUUUCAGUGGUAGUACUGUUGGCCACCACACGCAACCGCAUCAACAUCAUCACUCGUCCCAACAAAAUGUAUCUGCAUCCUCAUCGUUAUUGGGCGGUAUAGCUAGCGGUAGUGCAAGUGGUAGCCAACAGCCGACCAUUGAAAAGCUGUCGCGGCCUAUGGCAUUUGACAAGAUGGAGGCUUUAGUACGUGAAAUGCAAGAUCCGGAGCAUGGCGUACCAGUGCGUCAGCAGAAAAUGUUUCUCACCUCCAUACCUUAUGCAUUUAUGGGCUAUGAUCUCAUUGAGUGGCUAAUGGACCGGUUACUAAUCGAGGAGUCUGAAGCACUUAAUAUCGCCAAUCAACUAUGUUUGCAUGGUUACUUUUUCCCUGUUAACGAUACAAAAACAUUAGCAGUCAAAGAUGAUUCUUCAUUGUAUCGUUUUCAAACACCAUAUUACUGGCCCUGGCAACAUAAGGCGCCGGAUAAUGCUGAUUAUGCCAUUUACUUAGUGAAGCGAAAUUUGCGUAAUAAACAAAGACAUGCAUUGGAAGAUUAUGAAAACGAUGCUCUAGCUUCGCUUCAAGUAAAUUUAAAAAGUAAAUGGGCUGUUAUAACAAUGCAAGCAGCGGAACAAGUACAGCUAGCAAAGGAACGUAAGAAAGGUGAUAAGAUUGUUGGCGAUUCACAGGAACGUGCCUAUUGGCGUGUACACCGUCCACCACCAGGUCAGUUUACUCCAUUAGAACCGUGCCCAAUACCAUCGAGAGAUCGUCUCGGUUCAAAACCGAAGCGUAGAACCCUUGAGGACGUACAACGUGAAGUGGAUUACUUGAAAAAGUCUUUGAAUCGCACUCGCAUGAAAAUGUCACAAGCAUGUGAAUCGCUGGUUAUCUAUUCAGAAACAUUUGCUGAAUAUGAUUUCUUUUUACAUGCCGUAUUGCCAUCCAAUCCUUGGGUUACAGAAGAUGUUACAUUCUGGCAACUAAAUAACACAUUUGUUGAUGUGCCAACAGAGAAACGUGUUAAACGUUGGGCAAUAUCAAUCGAAGAACUUGUUUCCGAUCCGACUGGUUUACAAGAGUUCACAGCCUUCUUGGAAAAAGAAUAUUCACACGAAAAUAUACGCUUCUGGAUUGCUGUGAAUCGUUUACGUCGCUCCGCGCACUCACAAGUACCACGAAAAGUUAACGAAAUUUAUGAGGAGUUUCUUAAACCUGGUGCUCCGUGUGAAAUCAACAUAGAUGGCAAAACAAUGGAGAGCGUUCUAAAAGGUCUUAAGAAUCCAUCACGUUUUACUUUUGAUUCUGCAUCAGAACAUAUUUAUAUGCUCCUACUCAAAAAGGACUGCUAUCCGCGUUUUGUCCGCUCCGAUCAUUAUAAACGUUUGUUAGAGUCCGGCAUACAGCCAUCACAUAAGAAACGUUUCUUUAACUUCGGCGGAGUUGGUGGUGCCAAAAAGAAAAUGACUGCUGCACUCUCAAGUCAGCCAAAUUUAGGUGAAGGUUCCUCCGCCAAAGCUACCGUUGCCAUGAUGCAAGCACCACCGCCUGGUAGCUUAUCACGUCGCCGUGGUAGCGAUCGUAGUCUAACAGGCUCAGCACAUGAAUUAGCUGUAAUUGGCGUCAACAAAGAUUCCAGUUCAAAAGUGCCACAUUCUCAUUCUCAAAGUAACCUAAGCGAGAUUCCGUAUAGAGAAACACCGAAGCCGAAAACUGCAAGACUGGAGACUACAAUUGAAACAACAAGUAGUGCUGUGUGCCCAUGGGAUUUGCCUGAUGAUACUCCGGCACCGCAGCCUAAAUUAUCUACUCAUCAAGUUCAGCUCUCAGUUUGUCCAUGGGAGCAGGAAAGUGAACCAACUCCCGCCGCAAAAAGUAGUUCACAACGCCUUACUAGCACUUCUUCUGAUAUAUCGGAUGUCUCGGAUCGUAUGCAACGUAAUUUGGGCAUACGGCAUCAACAUACGGUAGACAGCGGUGAAUCUGGUGCAAAGCGUUUAAUGCCUAACUUUACAGAACAACGAAGAGCAUCUGUAUCAUUCACACCAACUCGUCUUGCUGAAUAUCAAUUAGGACGUGCGUCCACUUCUACAAAAUCAUCGACAACACCUUCACCUACUGUUGGUAGUCAUUGCAUAGUAGAAACAACAUUUGCGCCAUUAUUUACACCUUUAAAAGCCAGUACUGAAACUGGUUUUAGUGGUGUUAAUGUCGUAACAAAAGAUCCACUGUCAUCAUCCGAUGUUGAAAUUGAAGAGGAAUUGAGUAAAGUAUUAAAAUCGGCACGGAAUAGCGAAACAUCGGCUUCAGAACUGCCAGCCUUGUCACCGCCCACUUCAACAGCAACACCACCACCCAUUACAAAAAUAACACCGCCACCACCAGAUGUGAUCACAGAAUAUGUGACGGGUGAUAGUCCAAAAGUUGAAGUUUCAGAAGCAGUUAGUGGAACAGAAUCUGAAACUGAGGUAGAGGUACAAAUUGAAUUGAUUGAAACAUGUGACUAUAAUGCACAGAGCACUACUCCCACACGUUUGGAUGUAGCAACACCUACCAUACAAGUAGAUGAAGCUUGUGCUACGCAAGAUGAAGAAGAUGAAAAUUUGUGUGAGAUUAUUGAAGUGGAGAAAGAAGCAACACAAGCUACUAGUGGAACAACUAAAUUACGUUCAGCUACACAAUCUCCGAUUAAAGAAGUAACUACAACUAAUAGCCCACAGCAAUCGACUGCAAUUAUGUCAGGCGUUAUAAAAUCUCUGACUCCACCACCACCACCUGAGAUUGGGCCGAUGGAAGAAGAAGCACAACUACAAGAAGAAGAAGAAGAAGCGUAUGCUGUGCAAGAGGAGCUCUCUCCCACAACAGAUGAAUAUCAAGAGGGCAUGCAAUUCGGCGCUGAUAGCAAAGAUGUGUAUGACUAUGAUAUUGUAGAUACAGAUAACCAAGCUGGUUAUGUACCACCGGCACCCACACCAGCUCCAUCUUUGGCACCAUUAGCUGUAUUAGAUUUAGACACAGUGGAUGAUGAAUUGUGUGAGGAAAUUAAACCAGCACCAACAGUGUCUGCAGUUGAGAGUCAUGCGGUGCCAAAUGAAGAGGUUAAGAAACGACGCAAAAAACGUAACUCUGAUGGUAAAAAAAUGGCUUCAGUCGAAGAUAAAGAUAAGGAUAAGGAUAAGGAUAAAGCAGGUACUUCAGCAAGUGGUGGUGCUGCUGCAGGAACUGCCGCUGAAGAUGCAACUAAAACUGCAGAAGCAGAUCGUAAUGCUGUUUGUCCCUGGGAAGAUGAAAAUACCACCAGCGAUGGAACUUUUGUCAAAACUUAUGCUACGCUCGGGUAUUUAUGAAUAAAACCGAAUCUUUUCAAAUCUAUGGUAAAUAAAUUACUUAGAAAAAAGAGCCAUAAAAAAUGACAAAAUAAUGAAAAAUAUAAAUGCUAUUCUAUUAGUAAU